UCUAAUCUUAUAAUUUUUUUAAAAUGUAAUACCUCGAUAGGUUUGAGAUAGAUGAACCUUUUAGGAAUACGAUAAAAAUUUAGUCUCUGUUAUGAUUGAGAUAUAAGAAAAUGUGGGGAAAUGAAUAAAAUUUAUUUUAAAAAAGUACCCAGAUGUGCGCUUGAGUAUAUGUGGAUGUUCCGUCAAUGACAAGCAGGGUUCACACAGAAACAGUAUUUAGAUUUGAAAUUAGACGAAAAUUAUUGUUAUAAAUAUCAUUCCCAGACAUGAUGAAGCAUUUGAUUCCCUAAAUGCAGUUUAAUGACAGGUUGGCAGUCAGGCUUAGGCUGGAUAUUGCACCGAGAGCUUUUCAUGCGUCCAUUGUCAGGAUCAACGAACAAAUCCCAGGACAUUCGAACUGUUUUAAAUAAAAUAGAAUAAACAAGAAGAAAUAAGAUAUCAAAUUGAUAUGUCCCAAAAGAAAAGAGAUGGCCAGGAGAAAAUAUAUUAAAAAUCCCAUUUAGCUUAGGAGAGGAAAAUAUUGUGUUUUGUUUUGCUUUGCGAUUUAUUGACCAACAGCUUUGCCAGAUGUACUUUUGACGUCGAGACAUAGGAAAUUAGAAGUGAUCUCGUAAAAAGCUCGUUUUUUCGCGAUGAAAAGUGUACAGUAAACAUGUAGUUGAGAAAAUUAAAACGGAAGUUACAAUUAGAGAAAGGUUGGCCUUGUCAUUUUUGCGAUUAUCUAAUUGGUUGAAAAACAAUAAACAUAAUUGAUUGACCAAUAAGAUGACUUGCACGAGAACCAGAGAUUCCACGUGCAGAUGGAGCGUCCUGACGAGAAACGAUACAAAUACUCCGAAGAUGAAGAGCGACACAGGGCAGUCUUGCGAAGAAACAACGCUUUCAUUCUCAGUCAUGAGUAAGGAGAAUGCACCCGAGGAUAAGACUUCCAUCUUGACUCGAAUCAAUGCCUUGUUGGAUUCUAACUCGGCGGGUAGAAGUUUGUUUUCGCCUCAACCAACAUCUCAAGCUACAGCCUGUGGACCGUUCGUAAGUUACCCAGGUUUCCAGCCAACACCUCCAGACUCUAGAUCACCCAGCCCAUUACAUAUGGAUGAUCUGAGAACAGGCGAACUCUUCAUGGGUAACUUUAUGGCUGGUAGCACUCACUUUGGAUUACAUACCCCACCAGAUAGCCUUUCUCCCUCUGCUAUGGGUGCCUUUUCUCCAUAUGGAGCCUUCCCAUUCUCUCCUCUGUCUCCUGUGGACUCUGAAGCUAGUAUUAGUCCUAUGAGGCCUUCAUACCGCAGUUCUGUUUUCCCUCGUUGUCAGCCAAGGCAGAUUGGGUUACCGCCUGGUAUGUUACAGCAACAAGCUGAGAUGGUGGCACCCACAGUGAGCAGCUUGUUCACUGAUCCAAGGUGGACUGGUAUCAAUCCAUUGUUUGGAAUGUGGAAUGAUCCAUCAAGUAUGGACUACUUUCAGCACCAAAGACUUCCACAGCUAUUAUCAGGUGCAGACUUCAGUAAAGGCAAUAUGAAGAAGUGGUCAGGCCAGUUACCUCGCCGAAAUUACAAGAAUCCAAGCUACUCGACAAAAGUGUUCUUAGGAGGUGUUCCUUGGGAUAUCACAGAAGCAUCUCUUGUGAUGUCCUUCAAACCUUUUGGCUCAGUGAAGGUGGAGUGGCCAGGGAAGGCCGAUGGCCGGCAUCUGCACCACCCACCAAAAGGAUAUGUGUAUUUAAUCUUUGAUUCUGAAAAGUCAGUGAAAGCUUUAUUGGCAUCAUGUACUCAUGACUUCUGCAAUGGUGGAGACUGGUACUUCAAGAUCUCCAGUCGACGUAUGAGGUGCAAAGAGGUACAGGUGAUUCCUUGGGUCUUGUCUGACACCAACUAUGUACGUGGCCCUCAUCAACGCUUGGACACCAGUUGGACAGUGUUUGUAGGAGGACUGCAUGGUAUGCUUAAUGCAGAGGGCCUGGCUUAUAUUAUGAAUGAGCUGUUUGGUGGAGUUGUUUAUGCUGGUAUUGAUACUGAUAAACAUCGCUAUCCUAUUGGUUCUGGUCGCAUUACCUUUAACAACCAGAAGAGCUUUCUGGAAGCUGUGCGUUCAGGAUUUGUUGAAAUAGAGACACCCAAAUUUGUGAAAAAGGUGCAAGUUGAUCCAUAUUUGGAGGAUUCAAUGUGUGACAUUUGUCACACAACCACUGGUCCAUUCUUCUGCCGUGAAGAAUCUUGUUUCAAGUAUUACUGUCAUUCAUGUUGGUUGUGGCAUCACUCAAUUGAGGGAUAUCGUCAGCAUAGACCACUGACCCGUACAAGCAAAAGUGGUACUUCUCAGUAAUAUAAAGUCCAAGCAGCUAAUCCUGACACAGGUAGUGAGCGGCAGGCUGUCUGACAUCCCGCUCCACAGACCCAAGUAUAAUGUUUGCUAUUCAUGUAAGGGUGGGGUCAUCAUGGUGUCAUAAAUUUGUUUAUUUGUUGUUAGCUGUACUGGUGUAGAUUGUUUUCAGACUGUUCAGUUUAUUAAUCGUUUACUUAGGUUUCACUUUUAGUUGGCAACGUGCUGUGAAAUUAUUUCCUUUUUGUAUUUACAUGGCAAGCUGGUUAAGUGCUAGCAAUUUGUUGAACUGGAGAUUGUGCACAACAUUUCUCAACAAGUUUCAUUCUGACAUUUAUUAUAAUGUAGGGGGAAAUAUUGUGUUUUGUGUUUGCUUUCAUAGUCACCUUUAAAUUUUAGCAUUUUCUGCCUAAUAUUUCCAGUGUGUUUGCAAGAUUUGCAAAGUUAAGCAUCCAUGGCUGAGUGGUCAUUAGCAUAAGAAGUUCUUUAGAAAUUUGAAAUUCUUGAUUGCUUUCUGCCGAUUACAAUCAUCAGAAUUUGUUCCGGCGACCAGGAUUAUUUUCCUAUGGGAUCAAAUUCUUUUUGUUCUCACUCCCCACAAAACCCUUACAUUGAAUUUCUUGUCAUCCAUUGUACACUUCUAUUGUUGACCAGCCCUACCAUGGUUUGACUUGACUUUCUCUUAAUUGGAUAAUGCUUCUUUUGAAUUAUUUUAGUUGUUUAUUUUUGGUUAUCUUAGCGUGUUUAACAUUUUUUUUAUUACUAUUGAAUAUGUCGAUGUUUUUUGUGUGAGGAUUUACAGCAUGAAUGGUUUGAUAAAACGACAAACUUAAAUUUCACUAAACUGUGGUAUUUCUUGAGAGGAACUUUUUGUCCCAAGGCUGGGCCUUGAACAGUUUUUGUAGGAGCAAGACUCGUUUUUAACUUUUUCAAUCUAACAGUUCUUCAGAAUAAUGUUCGAAAAAAAAACCCUAUUUUGUUAUUUACGCAGGAAGACGUGUACAUUAUAAACAUUGUUGAUGUGUCUUUUUAAUUCUCAAGCGACAGCGUAUUUUUGUACGACAGUUGUGUAUAUAGUUCUGCUGGAACACGGUGUUCUAGUUUUUUUUUUUUCAGUUUAUCAAAUGCAGCCGAUUUCUUUCUCAAUCCUGGUAUGUCCAUUUCCUAGCCAUAGUUUGAAAAACGUUUAUUGUUGUGACGAAUUAAGUGCUGACCAAACUUGACAGCAAAAACGUUCAUUUACAUUAUCCCUAAUUUAUUUAGGUGGCGCGUAAGAAGGGUUAAAAUAGUUCAUCGUUGCUGGUGAUGGAAUGAUUCAAUCGUUUUUAAUUAAAAAACAAAAGACUCUGAAAAAAACUAUUUAGAGGGUGCGUAAGACAUUUAUUUAAAUUUAGUUCUAAAAGAAUAAGUCGAUUUUUAUCGUUAGCAGGACGCGAGGAACCUAAUUUUGCAGUAAGAGUUAUCGUAAUUAUUUAUUUAUAAUUGUUUAUUUCUACUGACAAGACUUGUAAAAAGUACUCAUUGGUAAUUUAAUUGAUUUUGCAUGUUAUUGCAUGUUAUGGUUGUAUUGAUAGGUUCCUGUUGCUGUAACGGCAGGCAGGGCAUAGCGUGUUCCAAUAGAAAAGGAUACAAACGGCAAUUGUAGGUUACCUUUGUCGCAUUAAAGUGAAAAAAAAAACUUCUUUUAUCUGUACAACUGUUUGUUUCCUUGCCUCACCCUGACGUCUGUUUAAAGCUCACUUUUUAGAAUCUCCAGACGUUUAACUGACCCUUGCCAUUCCGAGUCGCGUUUAAGUCAUACAAGU